AGCAGACAAAGCUGUCUACGGACGAGUUGCUUAGAUUCGUCUAUGUUCGAGAUGAAGAACUUUGUAGUCUUGGUGGUACUUCUCGCUCAUGUGAGUUGCAUCCUAAAUAGCCCCAUCCGUCGACAGCGAGGUGGUGGAAAGAAGGAUAUGAUGAAUUGGGCAACGAAAUACAUGCUGAAGUAUGGCUACCUCAAUUCAAGUGAAAUGGCCUUGGUAAAGGAUGAAAAUUCUCCCAUGUUUAAGAAAGCAAUGAUGAGGCUCCAACGAUUUGGACAUAUUCCAAUGACAGGAAAUAUCAAUACAGAAACAACGAAGUUACUUAACAAGUCAAGAUGUGGAGUGAAGGACCCAGAUCUAACAACGUCAGGAAUAUCUAAAAGAAAUGUGGGAGAAUUCAACCUGCUGGGAGGUAUUUGGAGGUAUUUGGAGAAAGAAAGGUAA